UUCGGCUUCAAAAUUCGCGUGGCGACCGCUGGUCUGACACACACACACACACUCUCUCUCUCUCCCUCUCUCAUUGUCAACAUCAGUGCCGACGACCAACCGCAACCUCAAUCACAUCCGCAUACACCGCACCUUUGAACGCCGCCUAGUGUGACCGGGGCCCUGGUAGACGACGCACGAUUCACUUCGUCCAGGAUGUGGGGAUCUGGGGUCGACGAGCGCAAGCUCAACACCUCGUCCCAUUCGCUAAACCAAUGGCAUCGGGGCGACCCUCACAGCGACUCCGACCGCGCCCAUACACCUCUUCACCCCACGGAAGAAGUCGAAGAUGGCACUCGUGGCCAGGAUGGAACUUGGGGCGAAUCCGACGUGGGCGGUUGGACCACAGAAAGCGCCAUGGCAGACUAUGAGAACCUGCGGAGGAAUCUCACGACCAUGGAGCGCACACGGUCCAAGGAGGCUGCCCAAGACGGCAAUGCCUUGACCAGGACGACCACGGCACAAAGCAAGAGGAGCCAGGGCGGUCGUCGGCGAGCGUCGCUGCUUACCAUGUCCACACAAGCAGAUCACACAGCGACACGCCAACCCACGAGGGAAGAAGCGGAAGCAGAAGUCGAAGCUGGUCCUGACGACGACGACGACGAGGAAGAACGAGAAGAGUUUGAACUCGAAAAGUUCAUGCGAGACGGCCAUUUCGAACGUCGAGAGGAUGGCAAACCACAGAAGAAAGUGGGUGUCAUCUACAAAGAUUUGACCGUCAAGGGUGUUGGAUCGACUGCUUCAUUCGUCAGGACCUUGCCGGAUGCUAUACUGGGCACAUUUGGUCCAGAUUUGUGGCACAUCAUCACUCGCUUCGUACCAGCUCUAGGCCGCCGAAGCGGCGAGACCAGGACUUUGCUGCAUGGUUUCAGUGGAUGCGUUCGAGACGGAGAAAUGCUGCUGGUUCUUGGUCGUCCAGGCGCUGGCUGCACCACUUUUCUCAAAGCUAUCAGCAAUAACCGCGAGCCGUAUGCUGAAGUGACGGGAGAAGUGACGUAUGGCGGCAUAUCGGCGGACAAGCAGAAGAAGAUGUAUCGUGGUGAGGUGAAUUACAAUCCCGAAGAUGAUAUCCAUUUUGCCUCCCUCAACGUGUGGCAAACCUUCACCUUCGCACUGUACACCAAGACAAAGAAGAAAGCGCAGGAGGAUAUCCCUGUUAUUGCCAAUGCCCUGAUGCGUAUGUUCGGCAUCAGCCACACGAAAUACACUCUCGUUGGUGAUGAAUACACGCGAGGAGUCAGUGGUGGUGAACGAAAACGUGUAUCGAUCGCCGAGACUCUCGCAUCGAAGAGCACAGUCACCUGUUGGGACAACAGCACCCGUGGUCUCGACGCCAGCACAGCACUGGACUACGCACGAUCUCUGCGCAUUAUGACCGACGUCACGAACCGAACAACACUUGUGACCCUCUACCAGGCGGGAGAAGGAAUCUACGAUGUCAUGGACAAAGUCCUUGUGAUUGACCAAGGCCAUGAGAUCUAUAUGGGACCUGCCUCUGACGCGAAGCAGUACUUCAUCGAUCUCGGCUACCACUGUCCCGAGCGUCAGACGACAGCCGAUUUCUUGACUGCUGUGACCGAUCCCGUGGAGCGCCAAUUCCGCGAGGGAUAUGAAGCCAAAGCGCCCAAGACGCCCGAAGAGCUUGAAAAGGCAUUCCGAGCGUCACCAGCGUACCAACGUGUCCUGGAGGACAUGCGCGACUACGAAGCCUAUCUGAAGGAGAGCGGUUAUGCAGAUGCCGAGCGCUUCGAGAAUGCUGUUCAAACUGGCAAGUCGAAGAAUGUCCGCAAGAAGAGUCCAUACACCGUGAGCUUCCCACGACAGGUAACGGCAUGUGUCAAGCGUGAGUUCUGGCUGCUCUGGGGAGACAAAACCACACUCUACACCAAGGUUUUCAUCAUCAUUUCCAAUGGUCUGAUUGUCGGAUCUCUCUUCUAUGGCCAGCCAGAAAACACCGAAGGUGCAUUCAGUCGUGGCGGUGCUUUGUUCUUCUCCAUCCUCUUCCUUGGAUGGCUGCAGCUCACGGAACUUAUGAAGGCCGUUUCGGGACGUGCGGUCGUGGCUCGGCACAAGGACUACGCAUAUUAUCGCCCCAGCGCUGUUUCCAUCGCACGUGUGGUUGCCGAUCUACCUGUGAUUUUCGUGCAAGUGGUCCUAUUCGGAAUUAUCAUGUACUUCAUGACAAACCUUACGGUCACGGCCAGCAGGUUCUUCAUCUACCUGCUGUUCGUCUACGUUACGACCAUCAUGCUUACGGCCCUCUAUCGACUCUUCGCCUCGGUCUCACCGGAGAUCGACACCGCAGUCCGUUUCUCUGGAAUCGCCCUCAACUUGCUCGUGAUCUACACCGGAUAUGUGAUACCCAAGACUCAGCUACUGUCCAAGUACAUCUGGUUCGGAUGGAUGUAUUGGAUUAAUCCCAUCGCGUAUUCCUUCGAGGCAGUGCUCUCCAACGAAUUUGCGGGCAGAACGAUGCAGUGCGCACCUGAACAGCUUGUACCUCAAGGUUCUGGAAUCGAUCCCGCAUACCAAGGCUGUCCUAUCGCGGGAGCUCAAAUUGGCUCGACCGAAGUCUCUGGGUCGGACUACAUUGGCACGCAGUACAACUAUUCUCGGUCCCAUCUGUGGCGUAACUUUGGGGUUGUCAUCGCUUUCACUGUCCUGUACAUUCUGCUUGCCGUGAUCGCUACCGAGCUGUUCGACUUCUCUGCCGGCGGUGGCGGUGCUCUGGCAUUCAAGAAGUCGAAACGCGCAAAGAACCAGGUCAAGGAAGCAGCUCCAGCCGACGAGGAGAAGGCUGGUAUCGCCGAAGAUAGCUCCAGCUCUACCAAGAAGGAAGCUGGCAUGGGAGAGUCUGGUGACUCUGACAAGGAGAACGAGGCGCUCGAGCAGAUCACCAAGUCAGAGAGCAUCUUCACUUGGCGAGAUGUUGAGUACACUGUCCCAUACUUGGGUGGUGAAAAGAAGCUCUUGAACAAGGUCAAUGGCUAUGCCAAACCGGGUGUCAUGGUCGCAUUGAUGGGAGCAAGUGGAGCCGGCAAGACGACUUUGCUGAACACACUUGCUCAGCGUCAGUCGAUGGGAGUCGUGUCUGGCGAGAUGUUCGUUGACGGGCGUGAGCUUGACGGCGCAUUUCAGCGCAACACCGGCUUCUGUCUUCAAGGAGACCUUCACGACGGCACAGCCACGAUCCGCGAAGCACUGGAGUUCUCUGCCAUCUUGCGACAAGACGCGAGCGUGCCGCGCUCCGAGAAGAUUGCGUAUGUGGACAAGAUCAUCGAUUUGCUCGAAUUAAACGACCUACAAGAUGCCAUCAUCAGCAGUCUUGGUGUUGAGCAGAGAAAGCGCCUGACAAUUGGUGUUGAGUUGGCUGCCAAGCCUUCGCUGCUCCUCUUCCUGGACGAGCCAACGUCUGGACUCGAUUCUCAGAGCGCCUACUCCAUUGUUCGAUUCUUGAAGAAGCUGGCUCACGCCGGUCAGGCAAUCGUGUGCACCAUCCAUCAGCCGUCUUCUGUGCUCAUUCAGCAAUUCGACAUGAUUCUCGCUCUCAACCCAGGUGGCAACACUUUCUACUUCGGUCCCGUAGGGGAAAACGGCAAGGACGUGAUCAAGUACUUCAGCGAGCGAGGCGUCGACUGUCCACCCAGCAAGAACGUUGCCGAAUUUAUCCUCGAGACUGCAGCCCGACCCGUGCAGGGCAAGGAUGGCAAAAAGAUCAACUGGAACCAGGAAUGGCGAAACAGCCAGCAAGCCAAGGAUGUCAUCCAGGAGAUUGAAGGACUCAAACUGAGCCGCAGCAAGACCCAGCCAGAAGGCAAGCGCAAGGAGCAAGAAAAGGAGUACGCCGCUCCGGUUGGAGUCCAAUGCACUGAACUCCUGAAGCGAACCUUCAAGCAAUACUGGAGAGAUCCAUCUUAUCUCUACGGCAAGCUCUUCGUCUCAGUAGUCAUCGGCAUCUUCAACGGCUUCACCUUCUGGCAGCUUGGCAACACGAUUCAGGACAUGCAGAACCGCAUGUUCACGGCAUUCUUGAUCUUGACUUUGCCUCCCACGAUUGUCAACGCUGUCGUGCCGAAGUUCUUCACCAAUAUGGCUUUGUGGCAGGCCCGAGAGUAUCCAUCCAGGAUUUAUGGCUGGUUCGCGUUUUGCACUGCGCAAGUGGUCGCAGAGAUCCCGGCUGCAAUCAUUGGUGCUGUGGUGUACUGGGUACUGUGGUACUUUGCCACAGGUUUGCCGACAGAAGCUUCUGUUUCUGGCUAUGUCUUCCUCAUGACCAUGCUCUUCUUCCUCUUCCAGGCUAGCUGGGGUCAGUGGAUCUGUGCCUUUGCACCCUCGUUCACUGUCAUUUCGAACGUCAUGCCAUUCUUCUUCGUCAUGUUCUCGCUGUUUAACGGUGUGGUGCGACCGUAUUCCAUGAUACCCGUCUUUUGGCGAUACUGGAUGUACUGGGUCAACCCAUCUACCUGGUGGAUCAGCGGUGUCCUUGCGGCGACCCUUCACAACAUUCCAGUGCAAUGUGCCGAAUCCGAGACUGCCAUGUUCAAUCCUCCACCCGGUCAGACCUGCUCGCAAUAUGCGGGAUCUUUCGCCCAAUCUGCCGGUGGAUAUCUCUUGAAUGGAGAUGCCACGUCAACGUGCAUGUACUGCCCAUACUCUUCUGGAGACCAAUACCUGUCGACUUUGAACAUUCACGCCUCGCAGAAAUGGAGAGACUUUGGCAUCUUUUUGGUAUUCGUCUUCACCAACUGGUUCCUCGUCUACUUCUUCAUUUGGUCUGUACGUGUCAAGGGCUGGUCAUUUGGUAUGGGAUACUUGUUCGGCGGCCUUGGCAAGCUCGUUUCAUUAAUCACGAAGCCUUUUGCCCGCAUCUUCGACAAGAAGAAGAAGAACAAGGAAUCCCAGGAAUAGAAAGAGACUCAGCAAUUACGUUUUUAGGGACGUGACUUUAGCAAGGCGUUAACUCUAGACCGGUACCACAGUACCACUAUAGAACAAGAGCUGAAUAGUCUACCAGAGCUUACAAUUACAGCUAGUUUUUUUCUUUUUCAUUGAUGAUAU